UCUUCAGUUUGGAGCAGCGUUGUUUACAACCGACACAGGAAGGCGCAAGCUGGGGUAUAGUGACGAGAGUCAUGUCUCCAGAGGAUGAACUCCAGAGUCCCCCACUUGGUUUCAGCUCAACCAUGGAGCAUCUCACUGCGAGCAAGGAACGUGGCAGUCUCCAGACCCCAGGAACCUCACAGGCUGACGUCAGCUGUCGGGGAGUCUUUGCAGGCGGAAAGAGCCCUUUCCUGAAAACACUGAUGGACGCUGAAGCAGCUGCCAACUCUGCAGCCAUACAACUUGUGUCUUUCAAAGAUGCAAUGGAAAACGAAUAUGCCGAUUCGAGACAGUCGGCCACAGACAAGCGGCGAUUGAAGAGGCAAAGAGGGCUGUUGCUGGAGAAGUUGGAGGAUUUUAAACGGAUAAAUAAGUCUGUUCGGCAGAAACUGAAACAGCUCCAGGAAGCAGAGGUUGAUCGAAUUGAUGCCAGCAAACAGAUUGACAUCUUACUGGAGAAGAUCAAUCAGGCUGAAAGUGAAAAUGAGAAAUUAAAGAGAAGUUUGAACGAGAUGGGAAACAGAGUUGAGGAGCUGAUGGAUCAGCGUAAAGAGGAGCAGGAGAGCAUGAAGACUGCCAUUCACAUGUCUGCCGAGGCGACCCAUGCUCACCUGGAAGGGCAGCUACAAAACAAGGACGCUGAAAACAAUCGUCUGAACGCACAGCUACGGACUCUGGAGAGAACCCUUACUGAACACAAGCUGGAGAUUGAUGACCUGAAAGGUUCCAUCACGUCUUUGACUGAGAAGGCAGCGCGAGACAAUGAAUCUCUGAGGAAAGCCACCCGAGCACAGAAGCUGCGAGCGGAGAGAUUUGAAGCUGCCAUUGAGAAAUGCUACGCACAGCUGAAGGAAAAGGACGCUCUGCUGGUCAAAGCCCGUUUAGAAAGAGAAUCCUGGAGAGAGCAGAAGGAGCAGAUGACGGAUGAGAAAAACAAGCUCGUAGCUCAUAUCGAGUUAUUAAAAAGUCAAAUCACAGACUUCACAGUGAGGCUGCAGAAGAAGAAGGACGAGCGAACUGCGGCAAACACAACGGUGAUGCAACGCGUUGAAAAACUCGGCGCUGAAAACGGAGACCUCCACGUCAAUAAUGCAGCACUGAAGGCCUCAGUUGCUCGGCUGGAGCAGCAGCUGGCUGAUUGUGAGUCUGCCUUUGUGGAGGAGAGGGUUUUGUCCGAGGAGAGGAAACAUCAAGCUGAACAGUCUCGAUCUCAGAUGGCGGAACUUCGGGCUGAAAUGGAUGAUAUGAGGGUAAAAUAUGCAAAUGUGUUGGGAGAAAUGGAGAAGAUGAACGAUGGGCGCGACACAGAAGUUGAGAAGGUGAGGCAGCAGCUGCAAGCACGUGUGGACGAACUGAAGACGUACCCCGAGUUACUGAGUGCAGCUGAACAGAGUCUCUUCGAGUGCCAGGAGAACCUGCGAUGCUCGGAGAGGAGAUGCUCAGAAAAGUCAGAGUCCAUUAGGCAACUGCAGGUUCAGAUGGAGAGUCAAAAGAAAUUGCUGACAUCGUCUGUGGAAAUGAAGGAGUCCAUUCACGAGGCCAAUUUACAUUUAAAAGAGAAACUUAGUUCCGUUCAAAGACAGAUGGACAAGCUGCAGCAGGAGAACCUGGAGCUCGUACGCAGGCUCGCAGCUCAGGAGGAAACUCUGAGCUACAGCAACCGACAGCUGCAUCAGCGCUCCUCAGAGUCUCAGGCCCUCGGCCGGCAGCUGGAGGCCGCGCUGUUAGACGUCACACAACAGGUGAAAAAGGUCAAAGAUCAAGCUCUGUCCAGAGAAGAUGCUCUCCAGACCAAAAUCCUGGCGCUGGAAGCAGAGAAGAGCAAAAGGGAUAACGAGCUGAGGCUUGUUCGCCAGAGUAAGCUGACUGCAGAGAGACGCUUUGAGGUGCGCCUCAAGGACCUGCAGCUGAGCUUGGACCAAUCAGAGAGCCGCAAACAAAGCAUUCAGAACUAUGUGGAUUUCCUAAAAAACUCCUAUGUGACGAUGUUUGACGAGGGACAGCAGACUUCAAGUUUUCACUCGUCAUGUUUUUUUAAAUAAUCGAGGAUUCAUAUUUAUAUUUAUUUAUGUGUUGUUUGUGUUACUGUAAUAUCUAUGCGUCUUAAGUGGUGUAUAUUUGGGGUAAAUGUAAAUGUCUUUAAAUGUCCAGUAUGUAGCCCAGUGGCCUGGAGUGUGUGAGCAUAAGGGUCCGACAGGAUUUGUCCUACACACUGAAGUCUCAACACUACACGUCAGUCAUACUUACACACUGGACCUUUAAAUAUCUACUUCAUUUUGGCUGACAGUCUAUGAUUGUUUACUACCCUCAGGGAAAGUCUUGGACUGUUCACUCUCGGUGCUACUGUGCUAAUCCAAACGGGAGCCAAUUAAAUAAUUGUAGUAAAAGUCAGUCACUGCGUUGUCCUCACUUGAUUAAAAAUAACUUACAACUCUU